CGUAGCUGAAGGCAAAUCUUAAUGCUGAAAAUGAUGCAGUAGAGAGUAAAAUACUUUGGCCUGAACCAGCAAGGUAGUCCUUAUAGUAUUCUUGUAUUAUGUUCUCAGGAAGAACAAUGGUAACAGUGUUCUGGUUUGAUCUCCCCCAGAUUUGGCCGGAGGAGGAUUCUUCUGCUCGCCAUUGCUGUCACCCUGUUUUUUGGAACCAUGACUGCAUUUUCAGUGUCCUACCUGAUGUUCAUUGUCAUGAGGUCACUCUGUGGGGUGGGGCUCACAGGCAUAUCUAUCAUCUCCUUGACCUUAGCUGUAGAAUGGACGGACAUCAAGCAUCGUACUUUUUGUGGAACCAUCAGUGGUCUCUCCUGGUCCGUUGGAUACAUGCUCUUGGCAUUGCUGGCCUAUCUGAUCCGAAGCUGGCGUUGGCUACUGAUAGCUGUGACAUCUCCCUGCCUCCUCAGCAUUGUCCUUUGGUGGUGGCUUCCAGAAUCUGUUCGGUGGCUUCUUACAAAGAAGGAGGUGGAGACAGCACACUCCUACCUUUCCAGAUGUGCCACAGUCAAUGGCAAGAAGGACUUCCACUCCAAGAUAACCACAGAAGUCCUGAAUAAGGCUGUGAUUAUGAAUGAGUCACGGAACUACUUCUACUGGCACUUGCUGAAGACUUCUAUAUUGAGGAAGAUCACACUUUGUUCCACAAUUGUAUGGUUUGGUGUAGCAUUCUCAUACUAUGGCAUCACUUUGAAUAUCACUGGUUUCAGCUUGGAUCCAUACAUGACACAGUUCAUGUUUGGGGCGAUUGAGAUCCCUGCCAAAGUGUGUGUCUAUUUUGUCUUAGACCGCAUUGGCCGCAGGCACUGUCAAGCAUGGACUCUGAUUGGGACUGGAUUCUUCAUUGCACUGAAUGCAUCCAUCCCUGCAGAGCAUGGGCAUGUUCGAUCUGCUGUGGCCAUAUUGGGGAAGGGUUUCUCUGAAGCUUCCUUCACUACAGUCUUCCUGUACACAGCUGAACUUUAUCCCACUGUACUCAGGCAAAGUGGCAUUGGCUGCUGUUCAUUUGUGGCACGAGUUGCCAGCUCUUUAGCUCCUCUGAUCAUGUUAUUGGAUGAUACUUGGCAAUACCUCCCUUCUAUAAUAUUUAGUACAGUGGCAGGGAUGUCUGGAAUAGUGGCCUUUCUGCUACCAGAAACUACCAACAGGCAGUUGCCAGAAACUGUUGAACACCUGGAAGGUGACAGUCUUUACUUCAGAAAUGAAAAUAUCUUGGAGACUAAAACAUCUCAAGAAAGUAUGCAUGCAGAAAUUUCUCUUGAGAUUAUGAGUCCAGUUAGCACGGAUGUUCGUCUCUCUCAGCAACAAGAGGGCAACAGUGACUGUGACAUGAAGUUGUCUCUUGAGAACUCAUGGCUGGCAAAUGGAAUGGAUACUUCUGGAUCUUAGUAACAGUGGGCUAUAAUAAUGGAACCAUACUAAUUGCAGAUGAUGUGCAAUACCAGAGUUCUGUUGUUUGAAAUUACGUUCCUGUAUGGCUUUUAUUUUUAAAUUUUCAUUUUUAAAAAAAUAUUAUUUAUGCAUGCAACAAAAUAAAACAUUUGGAUUUCA